AUGCCGUGGAACCUGACCAUCGACGACACUAGUCCUUGGCUUCUUUACGAUGGGAACUACUUUGCGCACACGGGCUGGAAGCAAUGGUAUAGCGGCACAGGCUACGUGGACGGUGCACCAACCCGGGAGGCAGCCGAGGGCAACUCUCUCCAUGUCCGCAACUCGACGGGCUUUGUCUCUCUGACUUUCAAUGGAACCGGCGUACAGCUAUACGGAUCGAGCAACGCAUCGUACGCUGUGCAGCUGGACUCUCAGAACCAGGGAUCUCGAUUGCAAGGAAACGACGGCGAGCUAUUCAGCACGCAAGGGCUCGAUGCUGCCGAGGAACACAACAUCACCUACCAAUGUCAUUCUUCCGAGGACAGUCAGCUUUGCGGCUUUGAUCGCGUGGUACUGUUCAACGAGGAAUACGACGGCUUGGACUGGACCGUCGUUAGUAAUCGCGACCUGGACCGGCUCAUGUACUCCGGGACCUGGACGGUCGACCACUGGGACGGCGUGCCCAGCGCCACGACAAGGCAGACCUUCUCGUGGUCCAAUUCGCCCUUCGCGUCGGUGUCAAUGAAGUUCACGGGCGCACAGGCGGUCGCGGUGUAUGGCUCGACAACAUUCGAGCACGGGAUCUAUUAUAUUACCCUGAAUGGUCAGAAGGUGAACCGCGACGCGUUUUCCUGGCGGCUUUUAGGAGACACCUUGAAGUAUUUUCGCGACGGCCUCGACGAGAACGAGGAAUAUACGAUCACGGUCGGGCCUGAUCAAAGCGCGCGCUUCGCCUUGAAUUCGAUGCGUCUGCUGGGAAGCUCGGUGUCCAUACUUUCGAGUGCCGAUGCCAAAACAUCCACCUCUUCAAAAACGACAUCUAGCCCGCUAGAUUCGACGUCCACUUCUCCAAACACGACAUCCACAGGUCCAGACAAGCCUUCCCCACGCACGAACAUCGGAAUCAUUGUCGGACCCGUCGCUGGAGGAUUGGCUCUACUCUGCAUCGCCGUCGGCCUCCUUGUCUACCGCAAAUUUAGAAGAGAGCGACGCGAGAAGCAGCGACUGCCCACGCUGGUGUCCACACGCGACAUGGCAAGACGACAUGGCGUGGACCCGUAUAUAAUGCAGACGUCGGCAGGGAUCAUGUUGAAGGGAAGCGGUGCUCUUGUGUCACCUGCGAGCGACGAUGUACCGCCUCCAUCGUACCAGGAAGAAUGUCUACGAGACUCGGACUUCGGCGGUAAGAGAUAAUUUACUUGCAGUUUAGGGUACGGAUGC